ACACAAUAACGGAGAUCCGAUUGGGCGACGUCAUAGGCAGCGCGACGGCCUGUGGGAAAGGGGCAGCGAGGGUCCCCGGUAAUAGAGUAGUGGAAUGCCCAAACAUGACCCUGAAAGAUUUUAACCGCUGGAACAUCAGGUUCUCAUUAGUGUACGCGGCUGGGAUCUGGGUAAUGAUCACCGGUUACGGUUACUAUUACAUAAAGAAGAAGAAGAAGGACGCAGUAACGAGUCACCUACAGCAAGAUUCAUUGGAUGAAAUGCAAGAUACUGCAGUGAUUUCUACCCAGGCAGAAGAAAGAAGACCCGGUCUCCAUAUUAAGAAUGCUGUUGUCUUCAAAGACGAUUUUGUUCCCUACUCCAGGAGAAUUUACAGUUUAGUGAGUCCGCUCUUCACCACUACCCCUGCUGCACCCGGAAGUGAUUCGCCAGACAAAUAAGUCCACUGGCUUGGAUUGUAGAUCUCAAGUACCCAGCGAGCUUUACUGGAUUUCCAGAAAGUUGGAUGUCACAAUUGAGGAGAUGUCACAAUUGAGUUGUAUAUAGACUGUAUUUGUACACUAAAUCAGCAGGCUGUUUCUGCACACUCAGUCUCAUACUGAAUGGCAUGUUUAACAUGCUCAUCAAAGUCUAAGACAAAUGUGUAGAACUGUCAUUGAUUUUGCUUUCUAUUUGCCAUGUUUUAAUGGAUUAUUUAAAAGAUCUGUGAGAGCAUCAAAUUACAAAAAAUGACUAUUAAGGCU